AACGAGGGUAAUGUCCUUUCCCGUUCCUGUUGAGAAUGCACCUAGGUAGGGACCGGGGAAAGUAAGCGCCGUUUUCCCAGUCCUCUACACUAUUACUACUCUUGUGACACUGAAUAUCUUUUUUGCUCUAUCCCCAAAACAAAUUUUUUAGCAUUGUGCUUGUGUGACCUCCAAAGCUUCUGGGCGACCUGGAAAAUCUUGUCGCAAUGGAGAAAAUCGAAAGCCACCAUGAAAGCCCGAAAGCCGAUUCGACUUCUGACUUGAAAGCUGAAGAGCACUCCCUGGAGGCAAACGACGAGAAGUCACGAGAAUUCGCAACUACCUAUGUGGACUUGGGUGGAGAUAACGUCAAGAAGACAAAGGAGUCAGAAGUGGAGGAAUGGGAGUAUGUCACUGGCUUCAAACUUGUUGCUGUGAUUUCAGUGAUAACAUUGGCCUGUUUUAUCCUGUAUGUGGCAUUCUCAACCCCCUUUUGAACGUGACAGGAGAAUUGUCUGACUCAGAUCCGGAAAGGUUACUAGACACUUCCACUAUUGCAACGGUAAGCGAAAACUCUACCCGGUCCGCGUGUGUAUGCUAAGUUCAAUAGGCUAUUCCCAAGAUCACUGUUGAUUUUCACAGUCUCAAUGAUGUAGGUUGGUAUGGGAGCAGUUAUCUUCUUGCUACGUAAGUCAAAGACAUCUUUCGCGACAAGUCAUAUGCUAAUUGAUGUCGUUUUUCACAGUUGCGCUCUCACUCCAAUGAGCGGGAAAAUUUAUGCGAGAUUUAGCACAAAAGUCAGUUAUUAUAAAGUCCCACUUGGCACCUAUUUUGCUAAACCAGCUUAGUAUAUGUAUGUGUGUUUUAUGGCUCUCUUCAGUCUUGGGUCUUUGAUAUGUGCUCUUUCGAACUCUUCAAACAUGUUUAUCAUCGGUAGAGCUAUUGCUGGAAUUGGAGGCUCCGGAUUGAUAAAUGGUUCCCUCACUAUACUUUCUGCUUAUGUGCCUUUGGAAAAACGACCUGGUAGGUCUUUUGGGUUACGGUCAAAGGGUCAUGCUAACUGUCAUAAGUGUACAUGGGGUUUUUGAUGUCUUGUAAGACCAGUUCCCAACAAUUCCUAGAAGAAGACUAAUAUUGUAGUCGCGCAACUUGGCAUUAUGCUUGGACCGCUCAUCGGAGGAGCGUUGACGGAACAUGCAACCUGGAGAUGGUGUACGUUUAACUCCCGGUGCAAGUAGACUCCAUACUGACCAAGUCCUAGGCUUCUGGAUAAAUCUUCCUCCCUCCGCACUCACAAUCCUCAUCCUCUUCCUUAUACACGUUCCAGACCAAACGGCAAAGAGGACAGAGAGAACAAGCAUAAUAGAUACACUAAUGCUCCUCGAUGUUCCCGGCUUUCUUCUUUUCGCACCCACCUCAAUCAUGUUCCUUCUCGCACUUGAAUGGGGUGGCACAAAAUAUCCUUGGGGAAGUGCAACAAUCAUUGGACUAUUUUGUGGAGCUGCCGGAAAUUUGGCUAUAUUCAUGGCUUGGGAAUACAAGAGAGGGGACGAUGCCAUGGUUCCUUGGUCAAUGAUUCGUCAAAGAUUUGUGGCUUGUUCUUGUGGUGUUAACUUCUUCUUCUUCGCGGCACAGAUCAUACUUUCUUACUACCUUGCCCAGUAUUUUCAAGCCGUCCGAGGAGUUUCCCCAACGCUAAGUGGAGUUUACUUACUCCCAGGAAUCAUGAGCCAGAUGGUGCUUGCGAUCGUAUCCGGAGUACUAGGUAAGUUGAAAUAUCUGAUUUGUGAUUUUAGAUCAAGACUGAUUGUGUUACCGUAGUGAGCAAGAUGGGCUACUACUUACCUUGGUCUGUUGCCAGUGGCGUCUUGGCAACUAUUAGCUACGGGCUCAUCAGCACAUUUGAUCCGGAUAGCUCAACUGGCAUGUGGGUGGGCUAUCAGAUUAUCGGUGGUAUAGGAAGAGGUUGUGGAGCGCAAAUGGCAAGACAUCAUCCAACUCCUCUGUUUCCAACUCGCUAACACGACAUCCCAGGCCCUCCUCGCAAUCCAAAACUCUGUACCCCAACAAGAUAAAACCCCAAUCGGAAUGGCACUCGUCACCUUCUCACAAAUGUUUGGCGGUGCUCUCUUUUUAAGCUUCGCGCAAACCGGGUUCUCUUCUGCCAUGCAAAAUACACUUAAAGAAUUCGCUCCGGAAGUAAGUGCGUCAACAAUUGCGAACGCUGGAGCUCUGGGAUUCAGAGCUGUCGUUCCGCCGUCUUCGGUAGCUGGAGUUAUUCAGGCUUACAACAAUUCUAUCAACCAAGUAUUUUAUAUCGCUGCUGGCUGUGGUUUUGGUUCAUUUCUUCUAUCCUUUGGGAUUGGGAUGAAGAGUAUUAAGAAGGCGAAGGUGGUUGAGCCGGCGGCUUAGAUUUGGGAAUUAUUCAUUUCCAAGUUUCGUUCCACGGUCAAACUCGAGGAGAUCUCGAGAGUGUAAUUUGUACUACUGUAUACUUGCAGAAACGCCGUCAGUCUUCUGACGUUGUUUCAUAUAUUUUGGGCUUUUGGGGAACUGCAGCAGUUCAUUGGAGUUUGGAUACAUACUAGUCUAGAUCACAGCAUAGGAAGGCGUCUCUACUCAUAGAAAUGGAUGAUGGUAUUUCAC